AUGAGUGAGCAGCAAGAGACACCUGCCAGCUCUGAGGCUCAGCAGCAACAGCCAAGAGUCCCGCGUGCGAACAGCGCUGGUUCUAGGUCUGCCAACUCGAAGGGCCCCAGAUCAAAUCAAAAACCAUACAACGGGAACCAAACAUCGCACUCCGGUAAUAGCCACAGGUACAACAAGAACAGUGGUCAUUACAAGAACAAUCGUACGAAUGUCGGAAAUAACAGUAAUAGCAAUAAUGGCGCCGGUAUGCCUAACAUGCAAUGGGGUUACGGAUCUUACAACAUGACAGGCCAACCUCAGUUCUACCCUUCUUACGGUUACGGUUAUAUGCCUGCUAUGGCUGCUCAGGGUUACAAUCCUGCGGCUGCUGCAGCAGCCGCUGCCGCCGCCGCCGGUCAAAGUCAUCCAGGCUCCGUUUCUCCAGCGGAUGUAAAUGCUGCCACACCUUUGGCCACCAGCAACACGCCUGUAGCUAAAAAAAUUGAGAUCACGAACAGAUCAGGCGAACAAGUCGAUCUUAACGCAAUUCACAGUCAGCAUAUGUCCGGCAUGGCCGCACCUCUUUCAGCCUCUCAAUCGCCGUCGAAGGACACGCCGGUCGCUUCGGUCAGUGCUUCGCCUGAAGUCAGCACUUCAAAUAAGUCUGCUCCAGAAGCUUCUUCUGAUGAAUCGAAGGAGCCAUCUGCUGAUGAGCUCUUGAAAAUGAGCUUCUUGGAACAAGUCCGCUUGAGAAAAGCGAUGCGUGCACAGAAAAAAUCGGACGACGCUCCCCAAACUGCUGCCGUCGCUGCCACAGAAGAUGUUCCAGAAACUCCAAAAUCUACAUCUGUCAAGACCGAACAGAUAUCAAGUAAGGAAACUGGUAAUGCUACUGAACUUACUUCUGACGGUAUUCCAGUUGCGGAAACAAACCAAGAGCCUGUGACGGAGGGAACCCCUGAGGAGCAUAAUGUUGUUGAAGAAGAAGUUCCGGUGACUGAUGAUACUACCCAACCUGUUAAGGAAACUGCUGAAACUGUUCAACCUUCGAAACCUUUGACUUUCGCCGAGAAACUGCGUUUGAAAAACAAGAUUCCAGCCAAAACCGAACCCGUUGAGAAUCAAGUUGACUCAACUCCUGUCGAUGCAGACACUAAGGUUGAUGCCGGCAAUUCCAAGCCCGAGGAAGAACCCGAAGAAGAGUCUGGGAAAGGACCAGAAGAAGUGUCAAAAGAAGAUACGAAACUUCCUUCCGAAGGUCUCGCUUCAACUGACAUUGAACAUAACGAGAUUAAUUUGGAAACCACGUCUGGAAAAGAAGAGGCCACUGGGGUGGAACUUGAAGAUGAGACGAAGGAUGAUGCUUCUGUUGACGCUGAAACUACCGCUGAGGAAGCCAAGAAUCCAGAUGAAGACGAAGAUACCGAUGUUGAUGAUGGCAGAUUGACCAUGACCGAACUUUUGAGUAAAUUGGACCAAAUUCCUGCUGUGGAAGACAUUUAUUCUUUUGAUUACCCCGAAGGUAUUGAGGCUCCAGAUGCUAGACACAAGAAAUCCAAAGUUAAGUAUACUUACGGUCCAACCUUUCUGCUCCAGUUUCAGGAGAAAGUUAAUGUUCGUACAGAUGCUGAGUGGAAGAAAAACGUGGCCUCUAAAAUUGUUAUUCCACCAGGCACAGUGAGACAAGGUAACAGGGCGAGAGGAGAUUCUAAGUUUGGUCAAGGAGUCAACUUCAAGAAGAGUGGUUCUAUGAGAGGCAUGGAAGGAAGAUCUAACUCUAGAUCCAAUUCGAAGAGAAAAUCAAAGAGAAUGGGUGAUGACAGAAAGUCGAACAGAGCCUACACUUCCAGAAAAGAUCGCGAAAAGAUGGCCGAAGAGGAAGCUCAGAAGGCCCUGGAGGAGGCAGCCCCACUCGUUCCUAGUGCAAACAGAUGGGUGCCAAAGUCCAAACAGAAGAAGACCGAAAAGAAGUUUGCUCCUGACGGUGUAACGGAAUUGAUCGAAAAGGACGAAGCCGAAAGAAAGAUGAAGUCUUUACUAAAUAAAUUGACUCUUGAGAAAUUCGACUUGAUCUCCGAAGAUAUCAUAAAGAUCGCCGAUCAAUCUAAGUGGGAAACUGAUUGUGUUACCCUCAAAGUGGUCAUUGAACAGAUUUUCUUGAAGGCGUGUGACGAACCACAUUGGUCAUCCAUGUAUGCGCAGCUUUGCGGCAAAGUUGUCAAAGACAUGGACCCUGAAAUCAAAGAAGAGGGAAAUGACGGCAAGACUGGCCCUAAGUUGGUGCUACAUUAUCUAGUCGACAGGUGUCAUGCUGAGUUUCAAAAGGGCUGGAGCGACAAACUUCCUACAAAGGAGGAUGGUUCCCCUCUAGAACCUGAAAUGAUGUCUGAUGAGUAUUAUCAGAUGGCUGCCGCUAAGAGAAGAGGGUUAGGUCUGGUGAGACUCAUUGGUUUCCUAUAUCGUUCGCAUCUAUUAACAGCCAAGAUGAUGUUUGAAUGUUUCCGGAGAUUAAUGAAGGAUUUGUCUGAUAGUCCUAGUGAAGAAACUUUGGAGUCAGUAUUGGAGCUCUUGAGUACUGUUGGUGAGCAAUUUGAAGAUGAUCGCCUCGUUCAGCCAAGUGGCUCCCUCGAAGGCUCCACGGUAUUGGACCAAUUGUUCUACAUGCUGGACAAGGUGACAGAAACGAGUGACAUCUCGAGUAGGAUCAAGUUCAAGUUAAUAGAUAUGAAGGAACUGAGAGAGGUGAAGAACUGGAACAAUGCCAAGAGGGACGAAGGCCCCAAGACCAUACAGCAAAUCCAUGAGGAAGAGGCAGCCAAGAAAGCCUUAGAGGAAAGGGAACGUAAAUUCAGAGGUAGUUCAAGAUCUGGCUCUAGGAGAACGAACUCCAACACAUCAAUGGGCAACAGAAGUAACUCAAGAAGAGAACCUGCUCCUGUAUCCAAGGACAGUUUUAUUGCCACGCGCUCGUCCUCAUUGAGACACGUUCAAGGUGCCAGUAAAGAGGAAACACCCCAGCAAAAAACAGCUGUCAAUAUGUUUGAUGCUUUAAUGGGCGCCGAAUCUGAUGAUGAUGAAUGA